AGGUCGUUUACGGGAGGCUUUUGGAUUUGUUGAUGUUUUUGUCAGAAAUGCCUCCCUAACUGUCUCUUGGUCGUAGUUUCAUAUAAGAUUCCAUUAUGUCUGUGACGUACAAAAACAGUGAUUCAAGUGGUGAACGGAAGCCAGUCACAGAAUUUAAAUGUGACUUGACGAUCUACAGGCAAUGUGAAGAUGGCUCCUGUAUAUCAAAGGUCGAGCUCUGUCCUGAUGAACAGAUUAUGAACCAGAACACAAUUCUCAUCAUGAUUGUGGUCGGCAUGGCUGUUGUCAUUUUCCUCAUCAUCCUCUACUGCUUCCAACAGCGACAACGAGGAAAUGGAAGAUCUGGACGAAAUGACCACUUUGAAUCCAUCAACGGUGAAGGCAUGAGUGGUGAUGGAGAUAAUGCCUCAUUAUUCAUGCCUCCACCAACGUACGACGAGGUUGUCACCACCGAUCUGUACCCAGCCACACCGCAGAUGCUGAGAAAUACGCGAAUGUCUUCAUCUGAUGAGCCACCAAUGACACCACCUCCGAAUUACGAAGUUGCUCUUCACAUAUUGGCUCAAAGCCACGAAUCUGUGUUAACGAACAAAGGGGGAAAGACCUUGCGGACUUCGCCGGUUGUCGACGUAGUGUGUCUAUAGAUCAGUUAGGGACACAAUACACGCAACUGAGGGAGGGGUCCAGGUCACCCACCUGGAAUGUAGAGGAAGAAAAUAGGUAACAGAGAGAGAGGAAGAAAGUGUGAUUUGGUAAAACUGUGUCUUUGCAAGGAAAAUAGAUUUACAUUUGUUGAGAUUUCUAGAAAUAUGCUACUCAACUUUUGAUAAGGAUAAUAGGGUAUGUUGUGCUAUUUUAAUUUACACAGAUCAAGAGAAUGGGUCUUUUGUAUCAUUGACAGAUACAAUUAUCCCUAUCAAAAUAGGGUAGCAGCAUGUAAAUAAAUCUUUCUAAUGACUCACUGACACAUUAUGUACAGUCUGUGCCAAACAGUUUAGAUUCUACUAGCCCCAAAUGUGUAUUUCUGUAAAUUUUCAGUAUAUGUAGUCUUUGUACAGCAGAAGAAUAUUACAAGACUUAGGUUUUGGACAAGUGGUUCAUGUCACAGACUGUAUGUGUAACUGAUGUAAAUACUGCUGUGGAAGAGCCUUGUGUUGAAAGUGGGACAUUGUGAGGGAGGGAUCAGGAGGAAUAGACAGAUGUACAUAAUACCUCUAAUUUGUGUAAGGCCAGACCAAUUUUAUUUCUUGUUUACGGAU